AACAACAGUACAUGUCAUUUCUUGAGAUUCUGGGGCAUGUGCAGAAUUUUAAAAAUAAUAUAAAAUAAAGAGAUUCAAGAAAUGUACAAGGAGAUGGAAAGGAAGUACCUACAGCUGGGGGUAAAUGAGAGCAUCCUCUGAACUGUUGGGCUAAAUUCUGUCUGGACACCGUUUGUCUCAAUGUCCUAUGGCUCUGCUCAGGAAAACUAGGAAAGGGCUUAGAGGCUUUCAAGGCAUGGCUGGACACUCCAUCUUGUAUUUCAUCCUCCUGAGUGCUCUGAUUGACAAGUGCCAACCCUGUUACUGUGAUCACUACCCAUGGAGUCAGUGGUCCCCCUGCUCAAAAAGCUGCAAUUAUGGAAUCCAGAGCAGACAAAGAAAAAUAGUGGUUGAUCAGUACUAUGUGGGUAACUUUUGUGACCAGAUUUGCAAAAAACUGGAGACCAGAGAAUGUAACUGGCAACACUGUCCUAUCAACUGCCUCCUGGGAGAUUAUGGACCGUGGUCAGACUGCGACCCUUGUGUUGAAAAGCAGUUUAAGGUUAGAUCCAUCUUGCGCCCUGGUCAGUUUGGAGGACAACCAUGUACUGAGCCCCUGGUGACUUUUCGACCAUGCAUUCCAUCUAAGCUCUGCAAAAUUGAAGAGGUCGACUGCAGGAAUAAGUUCCGCUGUGACAGUGGCCGCUGCAUUGCCAGCAAGUUAGAAUGCAACGGAGAAAAUGACUGUGGGGACAAUUCAGAUGAAAGGGACUGUGGAAGAAUAAAAUCAGUGUGCCCGGGGAAGAAGCAGCAUCUUCCCAUCCCCAGCGUACAGCUGAUGGGUGCUGGGUAUCAUUUUCUAGCAGGAGAGCCCAGAGGAGAGGUCCUUGAUAACUCUUUCACUGGAGGAAUAUGUAAAACUGCCAAAAGCAGUAAAGCAAGUAAUCCAUACCGUGUUCCAGCCAAUUUGGAAAAUGUCAACUUUGAGGUAAAAACUGAAGAAGAUGAUUUUGAAACAGAUUUCUACAAGGACUUAAUUACUCUUACAAGUAACAAAGAUCAACAAGUUUCAUCUUCAGAGGGAUACCUAAAAGGUGUUUAUGUACCAAUUUUUUAUUCUUCAAAGAAAACUCAAAGCACCACCCAUAAGUAUGCCUUCAAACAAGCCAUAGAAGCCUCUCACAGAAAGGAUUCUAGUUUUACUAGGAUCCAUAAAGUGAUAAAAGUUUUAAACUUCACAAUGAAAAGUAAAGAUCUGCAGCUUUCUGAUGUCUUUUUGAAAGCACUUAACCACCUGCCUCUGGAAUACAACUUUGCUUUGUAUAGCCGAAUAUUUGAUGACUUUGGGACUCACUAUUUCACCUCCGGCUCCCUGGGCGGCGUGUAUGACCUUCUCUACCAGUUUAGCCUCGAGGAACUCAAGAAUUCAGGUUUAACAGAGGAAGAAAUCCAAAACUGUGUCCGGUUUGAAACAAAGAAACGCUUUUUGUUUUUUAAGACAACAAAAGUGGAAUACCGGUGCACCAAAAACAAGAUGUCCGAGAAAUACGAAGGUUCGGUUUUGCAGGGAGCAGAGAAAUCUAUUUCCCUGACUCGAGGUGGGAGGAGUAAGUACGCCGCCGCCUUGGUGUGGGAGAGGGGGAACUCUGGUCCUGCGGAGAAGGAAUUUUCGGAGUGGUUAGAAUCCGUGAAGGAAAAUCCCGUUGUGAUUGACUUUGAGCUUGCUCCCAUCACGGACUUGGUGAGAAACAUCCCCUGUGCGGUGACAAGACGGAGCAACCUCAAGAAAGCUUUCCGAGAAUAUGCGGCCAAGUUUGACCCUUGCCGGUGCGCUCCAUGCCCUAAUAACGGCCGCCCCACGCUCUCGGGGACCGAGUGUCUGUGUGUGUGCCAGAGCGGCACCUACGGAGACAACUGUGAGAGACGCUCCCCAGACUAUAAAUCCAAUGCGGUGGAUGGGAGCUGGAGCUGCUGGUCUUCCUGGAGCACAUGUGAUGCUACUUACAAGAGAUCCAGAACCCGAGAAUGCAACAACCCCAGCCCCCAAAUGGGAGGGAAAAACUGUGAGGGGGAGAAGCAGCAAGAGGAGCACUGCACGUUUUCAAUCAUGGAGAACGAUGGACAGCCAUGUGUCGGUGAUGAUGAAGACAGGAAAGAAAUAGACCUCCCUGAGACAGAAUCAGAUUCAGGGUGUCCUCGGCCAAUUCCUCCGGAAAAUGGAUUUAUCCGGAAUGAGAAGAAACUGUACGCAGUUGGGGAAGAUGUGGAAAUCUCCUGCUUUACUGGAUUCACAACUGUGGGCUACCAGUACUUCAGAUGUUUACCAGACAGGACGUGGAGGCGAGGAGAUGUGGAAUGCCAACAGACACAGUGCCUCAAGCCAGUUGCGCAAGAAGGUCUGACGAUCUCACCAUUUCAGAAAUUGUAUGAAAUUGGCGAUUCCAUUGAGCUAACGUGCCCCAAAGGCUUUGUUGUUGCUGGGCCAUCAAGGUACACAUGCAGUGAGGGUUCCUGGACACCGCACAUUUCAGACUCACUCACCUGUGAAGGAGAUUUUUUGACAAAAUUAAAGGGCCAUUGUCAACCAGGACAAAAACAACUGGGAUCUGAAUGCAUUUGCAUGUCUCCAGAAGAAGACUGUGGCCAUUAUUCACAAGAUCUCUGCGUGUUUGAUACAGACACCAGCCAUUACUUUACUUCAUCUGCUUGUAAGUUUUUGGCCGAGAAAUGUUUAAAUAAUCAGCAACUCCAUUUUCUGCAUAUUGGUUCCUGUCAAGAUGGUCCACAGCUAGAAUGGGGUCUUGAAAGGAGAAGACUUUCAACCAAUAGCACGAAAAAAGAAUCCUGUGGCUAUGACACCUGCUAUGACUGGGAAAAAUGUUCAGCUUCCAUUUCCAAAUGUGUCUGCCUGUUGCCUGCUCAAUGCUUCAAGGGUGGAAGCCACCUCUACUGUGUCAGAAUAGGAUCAUCAACGAAUGAGAAAACAGUGAACAUCUGUGAAGUAGGAGCUGUACGAUGUGCCAACAGGAAAAUGGAAAUACUGUAUCCUGGGAGAUGUUCAGCCUAAAGCAAUUACUGAUAAACAGAUUUACUCUCUAAAAAUAAUUCCUACAAAAGGGCAUCCUCCUACAAAACAGCAGACUGGUGCACCCAGAAGUUAGACAUAAAUUCUUUUGUGUUAUUUUCAUACAAUUAUUCACCUUGCCUUAGCCUUUCCCAUCCAGUUUCAAUCCAUGAUGUUCUGUAGUUACACCCAGAUAAUAGCUUUCACAUUAAUCCAGUAAAUUCUUCUGUUCUUGUUGCACUAAAAUGAUGGGACUUCUGAGGACCUUAUGAAGCCUGUAGUAUUAAACAUUCUCAGAAAUAGAAUUGAGAACAAAAGCCAUAAUUGUCUUCAAUUAAUAAAUAAACAGAAACCUACAACUUGUAAAA